AUGGAAAAGCUCAUUCGUGAGCGAAAAUCACUUGAGCCGCGACUCAAACGCGUGUCCGAUUCAGUGCUAAAAUUCAAGCCAGAAACGGCUGAAGAAGUCGAUGUGCAAACAGAAUUGGACGCGCUCCAUGAUAUUUGGGCUGCUUAUUGUUCAGUGCACAAAAGAAUUUUGGAUGCUAGUGCGAACGACGAAAUGUAUGAUGACGCCAUUGAGCGACUGUGCCAAUUCGAAGAGGCGUAUAUCACGCUGAAAAAUCGUCUAUUAAAGAUUCUAAAAGUGAUUAAAAAUCGUGAUAGCCUUGCAGAAAUGCAUUCGUCGUCCCAAAAUGACGUUAUAAAUCAACUCGCUCAACAACAGGCCGAGUUUCUUCGCAUGAUGGCUGCUAGAAUGGCGCCCGUAUCUGGUGAAAAUUCUACGGCACCUAAUUUUACUCCAGCGCAAAUGCCGUCGUCAGACCUAAAGUUGCCUCGAAUGAAUUUGCCUGUAUUUUGCGGUAAUUAUCUCGAGUGGCAGUCCUUUAUCGAUCUAUUCCAAAGCAUGGUUGAUCAAAAUCCAUCGCUAAAGGAUAGUCAAAAAUUAUAUUUUCUUAAGACUAAUCUGUCUGGUGAGGCUGCUUCGCUCAUUUCGCACCUCAAGAUUGAAGACGCAAAUUACGCGCCUGCCUUGCUAAAGCUGAGAUCACGCUACGACAAGCCGCUCGAAAUUGCUCACAAACACAUUGAACGUUUUCUAAGCCAACCAGCCUUGACAUCAGCAUCUGCUCACGGCUUACGUUCAUUGCACGACGUUUCAGACGAGGUCGUUCGAGCCCUUCAAGCCAUGCACAGGGAGGAUCGCGACACGUGGCUUCUAUUCAUUCUUGUCGAAAAAUUGGAUCAUGAGACUAAGCAGCUAUGGUGUCAAAGGGCGGCUGAUAUGCCAGAAGCGGAGAUCACACUAAAAUCUUUUCUCAGUUUCAUCGAAUCACGUAGCUUUGCUCUGCAAUCAGCACACCCAGCAAGGCAACGGACGGUUGCUACCUACAAGCCUCCCGUGAAACCACAGUACAGAGGAGCCGCAACUUUCGUCGCAACCAAUACAUCGUUAAAUUGCGACGUCUGCGGAAAAUCAUCACAUCCUAUCUACCAAUGCGGUAAGUUCAUGCACAUGAGCACCGAGGAAAGAUUAGCUACUGUCAGCAAACAAAGGUUAUGUCGCAAUUGUUUGAGGAAGCACCCCGGUGAAACGUGCAAAUCUGGAAACUGCAGAAAAUGUGGUUUACUCCACCACACCCUGCUGCACAACGCUCUUGAGCCACCAAAUUUUCAACAAACUCCGUCAACAUCGUACACUGCUCAUGCUAGUGGUAAUCCGGCCGCCCAAUCGCUGAUUUCGGCCCUUGAUUUAACCACUAAUAUUGACGCCUCCAAUGUUCUGCUUGCCACUGUUGCCAUCAACGUUUUGGACAAACACGGACGACCACACGCCUGUCGCGCUGUUUUGGAUUGCGCGUCCCAAGUUAGCUUCAUCAGCGAGAGCUUUUCUAACGAACUCGGCCUGGAUCUGGUGGAAGCAGACAUGGACUUAGAAGGAAUAUCAUCCACUCCUGCACACGCAGACAAAUGCGUGCAAAUUAUCAUUGCAUCCCGAUGCUCGGACUAUCGCACUACCGUUCCGUGUAUGGUGCUAGAAAGGAUCACUAAAACACUACCUGUAAAGCAAGCUAAUAUCGACGGUUGGCCAAUUCCUUCCUCCAUCAACCUUGCUGAUCCUCUGUUUCAUCGCCCUGGUAAGAUCAACGUCCUGCUCGGCAUUGAACUUUUCUUUCAGCUGCUCGAACCUGGCAAAAUCACCCUCAGCACCGAUGACAGCUUCCCCACUUUGCAAAACACCAAAUUAGGGUGGGUGGUUGCUGGUCGUUAUCGAGAUACCAGCGUUUUGCCGCAGAGUAAAAUUUCAACGUGUUUUUUGACGUCAACUGAUGAAAGCCUUUGCCAGCAAUUGCGACGCUUUUGGGAGCUUGAGGAGUACGUUGAAACUUCAUCUCAUCUCAGUGAGGAGGAAAAACUGUGCGAAGAAUAUUUUCUUAAACAUACCGUUCGAGAUGCCAGCGGGAAGUUUACAGUUCGGCUACCAUUUCUGCACCCCCCGAGUCAACUUGGCGACUCGAGGCAAAUGGCUGAGAAACGUUUGAGCCACAUCGAGCGAAAAUUACAUCGAAACCCUCAACUCAAGCACGAAUAUCAUGCUUUUCUUCGGGAGUACCUCGAACUCGGGCAUAUGACGCUUGCUGAGUGCCCAGCACCCAAAGGUAGCGUAUAUCUCCCCCAUCAUUGUGUAGUCAAAGAAGCCAGUUCUACCACAAAAUGUCGUGUCGUCUUUGACGCCUCAGCGAAGACGACCAGCACUAAAUCACUUAAUGACGUGCUUAUGGCCGGGCCCGUUCUACAAGACUCGUUGGUCAACAUUCUUCUUCGGUUUCGUUUGCCGGCAUUUGUGGUCACCGGUGAUAUAAAACAAAUGUAUCGUAUGGUUGAAAUCCACGAAGCGGAUCGUGAUUUUCAACGGAUCCUUUGGCGAUGGUCGAGCGACGAGCCGGUAAGCGAGUAUCGGCUGAAUACAGUCACAUACGGAACCAAAAGUGCAUCGUAUUUGGCGACAAAAUGUGUACAGCAACUGUUGGAAUCGCACAGACAACAGCAUCCGACGGCGGUUGAGAAAGCAGAAAAGGGAACCUACGUGGACGACGUUCUGACUGGCGCUGAUUCCGAAGAAGAAGCCAUCCUACUACGACAGCAGUUAUCAACGAUUUUUGCUUCCGGUGGAUUCUACUUGCGGAAGUGGGCAUCAAACAGCGCAGCAGUGCUCGACGGUGUUCCAGCCGCCGAUCUCGAAAUGCAAACAUCGAUUGAAAUCAACGAUACACGCACUAUCAAGGCCCUCGGCAUCCACUGGCAGCCGUGCAGCGACCAGUUCCAGUUUUCAAACAUACCGAACAAGAUCUUUCAGCCCACUAAGCGGACCAUGCUUUCUCAAAUCGCCAGUAUUUUCGACCCGCUUGGACUAUUGGCCCCGAUCGUCGUGAAAGCAAAGAUGGUCAUGCAACAAUUGUGGGAGCUGAAGGUGGCCUGGGAUGAAACUCCCCCCGGUGAGUUAGUUCAACAUUGGUUAGUGUUUGUGCAAAGCCUUUCCGAUCUCAAUUCAUUGCAGGUACCACGUCGAGUAAUCGGCACGCAGGGAACGUCGCGAUAUUACCUGCACGGCUACAGUGAUGCAUCCGAGCGAGCCAUGGGAGCGUGCGUCUACAUCCGAGCCAUUAACGACGACGGUAACACAUCAUCGCAUCUUUUGUGUGCGAAAUCUCGGACUGCACCGAUCGGCAACGGACGAACAACGCUUCCCCGUCUGGAGUUAUGUGCAGCUGUCAUCCUCUCCCGACUGAUGGUGAACGUGAAGACCGCACUCGCAUUGUCCUUUCACGAAAUGCGAGCUUAUUCGGAUUCAACGGUGGCACUGGCAUGGAUUGCUGGUGGUGCUUCGAGGUGGAAGACUUUCAUUGCCAAUCGAGUGGCAGAAAUAACCACCCAUCUUCCUGCAAUCAACUGGCAACACGUGGACACGCAACAUAACCCAGCCGACCUGAUUUCAAGAGGAGUUUCGCCAGACAAAAUAAUUAAGAAUUCGCUUUGGUGGCAUGGCCCGACCUGGUGCGGCUCUAAUGAUGGUGGGGACAACCUGCCCAUUGUUGGUCUUAAUGCUGUUCAGCAACGACAGGUAGAUAGGGAGCAACGCAUUGCAGCAACCGUGUAUCUAGCUGUUUAUGAGAACAACUUUCUCGACGAGAUGCUGAACAGGUACUACCCGAAUAUGCAGCUUCUUUUGCGCAUCACCGCUCGUAUACUGCGCUUUCGCCACCGAGCCAAUAGAGUGGAAUCCCGUUUAACACCGCUCGAAAUUGACAACGCAAUGCAAAUCUUCGUGAGGCACGUUCAGAAUCAAUACUAUGGUAAGGAGAUCAACCAACUUGAUAAGAAUCGUGACGUCAAUUGCACCAGCUCUCUUUGCCAACUUAAACCGUUCUUGGAUGAAAAUCAUCUGCUCAGGGUGGGCGGCAGACUGCAAUUAUCAGAUCUCAGCUACGAUACGAGACAUCCGAUCUUGUUGCCUCACAAUUCAGUUCUCACCGCACUUGUUCUUCACCACGAGCACCAUGCGCAACUUCAUUGUGGACCACAAUCGCUUUUGGCAGCAGUACGCAGACGUUUUUGGAUCACUCGUGGGACGAGUGCAGCCCGGAAGACCUGUCGAGCAUGCGUUGAAUGCGUUCGAGCGAAGCCUGUACCAGUUCAUCAGCUCAUGGGACAACUUCCAGAGGACCGCUUGAAACCACUACCACCCUUUUCCAUCACCGGCAUUGACUACGCUGGGCCCGUCAACAUCAUCGGUCGUCGAACCCGUGGUGCUGCGGCCACUAAGGGCUACAUCGCACUGUUCGUAUGCUUUUCAACACGAGCCGUGCAUCUAGAAGCAGUUACCGACCUCAGCACGACUGCCUUCAUCGCCGCUUUCACUCGCUUUAGCAGUCGGUACGGAUUACCAAACAAAAUUUAUUCGGACAACGCUACUAACCUUCGGGGAGCGGCAAGGAAGUUUCGUGAACUAUAUCAACAGAUCAACACAACAGAGAGUGACGAUGAGAUUGUUGAUUUUUUCACCAACAAAGGCAUCCAGUGGAUGUUCAUUCCUGCCCGGUCGCCUCACCACGGGGGACUGUGGGAAGCUGGCAUCAAGGUUGCGAAGGGCUUCCUGUCUAAGCUCGGAGGUGACGCUCGUUUCACGUUCGAGGAGCUGAGUACCGUUCUCGCACAAGUAGCAGCCUGCAUGAACUCUCGUCCGAUCACUCCACUCUCCAAUGAUCCCAACGAGCCACAACCUCUCACGCCGGCGCACUUUCUCAUCGGGCGCCCACUAAACACUGUUCCUGAGAUAAACCAGUUGGAGCGUGAGGUUGGAUCCCUAAAUAGGUGGCAGUAUGUUCAACGAGUCAGCCAAGAAUUCAGAUCUCGGUGGCAGUCCGAGUACGUUCUAUCUCUUCAGCGUAUGACGAAAUGGAAGCGAGCGGCACGGAAUCUUUCAGUGGGUGAUUUUGUCCUUUUAGUCACCGACAACGAAAAACCCAAGCAAUGGCCAAUGGGUCGAGUCGUGGAUGUGUUCCCAGGGCCCGACGGACACGUUAGGGUGGUUGAAAUUAAGACGACAAACGGUACUACCCGGCGGGAUGUGAGAAGAGUCCGGCGCAUCCCUUUGGAGGACGACGAGUACGUGCCCGGACGAAAUGACGUGGAAAUUCCUCGACUAACGCUCUACGGUAAAAAUGGACAGGUAAAUACUUAUGGGUUUUUGGACGAUGGAUCAUCUGUUACUCUGGUAGAGAGGGCGUUGGCGGAUAGUCUUGGAUUGAAUGGUACAUCAGAGUCCUUAUGCAUUCAAUGGACUAGCGGAAUAAAUAAAAAGUUUCCUGAUACACAACGAGUAGAGUUUGAGAUAUUCGGAAUUGACAGUUCCAAGCGGUAUAUCGUGUCAAACGUGUAUACAGUUGAGAAUCUUGGUUUACCAGAGCAAACCGUGGAUUUUGAAACAAUGGCGACCGAGUUCAACCACCUUAGAAAACUGCCGGUAAAAAGCUUCAAGUCGGCCGUCCCAGGAAUCUUGAUUGGGUUGAAUAAUAUUCAUCUACUAGCGACCCUAAAACUACGAGAAGAUCGUCAACACCAGCCGAUAGCAACGAAAACGCAACAAAUAGACGAGUUCCAGAUGAAAGGCUAUGCUCACAAAGCUACUACGGAGGAGUUAUCAAAGUUCGAUCGUCGUCGGACAUGGUUCCUGCCAAUUGGGAUAGUCAUCAAUCCGAAGAAACCGGGCCGUGUCGGACUGAUAUGGGUUGCUGCUGCGAAGUACCGAGAAAGGGAGAUAGCGAUUUCGGCAGACAUUAAGGAAAUGUUCCAUCAAAUUCUAAUCCGCGAAGAAGAUCGCAGUGCUCAGCUAUUUCGAUGGAGAGACUCUCCCGAUUCACCAUUUGUAAAAAACCAAAAUGCCCUGGAAUAUGAGGAAGAAUAUUCUGAAGCAGCGGAAGCUAUCAGGAAGAAACAUUAUUUUGAUGACUAUUUAGAUAGUCUCAACACAGUGGAUGAAGCGAUGAAGAUUGCUCUGGAUGUGGCAAAGGUCCAUGCGAGGGCCGGAUUUCAGAUUCGUAACUGGGCAUCUAAUAAUCCAGAGGUGUUAGCUAAAAUCGGGGCGACUGAUCCAGCAACGAUUAAGGACUUUGCGGUUAAUAAAGAAAGUGUAUUUGAACGACUCUUGGGGUUGAUUUGGUUUCCAGAAAAGGAUGUUUUCUCAUAUUCACUAAAAUCACUGGAUGCUGUUCAGGAACUGAUUCUGGGUGAAGUAGUACCAACAAAACGUGAGCUUUUAAGAGUGGUAAUGAGUAUUUACAACUCCUCGGCCUUGUCGCACCCUUCGUUGUACACGGUAAAGUUUUGGUACAAGAUGUCUGAAGAUCCGGUGUCGGGUGGGACACCAUGA